AUGCGUGCCCACGAAGAGAUGAUGGGUGCAGGGCAGAUUGCACAGUGGAGCGAUUCGAUGGGCAUGUUGAUUUUCACAUCGCACCAGUGGACGUCUUACGCGCAUCUGGACCACACUGGAGUGCAGUUCCGCGUUCUGACUUCUUUGAUGGCAGCCAGCGUUUUGACGAAAUUGGUUGGCCAGGCAACAGGCCUCAAUCACCACGAGGAAGAUGAGCGCACAAAAGAGUUGUCUAUGGCACCUGCCCGCACUGCCCAAUCUUUUGACGUUGACUUGGGCAGGGUUUUCGUGUGGCUCGAUUAUUGGAGCAUCCCGCAGAAUUCGAAGACAUGCAAGGACGCUGCGAUUCGAAGCAUCCCCGCUUAUGCGUCGAGUGCAGUAAUAAUGUUGGUGCUUGCCCCACCUGUGGACCACGCUGAUACUGGCGAACCCCUUGGGGUAACGACUUACCGGGCCCGAGGCUGGUGCAGGGCUGAAGAGUGGAUUUUCGGAUUAUCCGACGUCGUGGGUAGUGCCGCCCCGCGCGUCUACCUCUGCGAAGAGGCCGGCGUUCCACCCAGCAAGAUGGCGAAUGUCCCCACGAGCCACCGGCUGCGUGACCCCAACUCGUCGGUCUUGCGCGGAGGAUUCACCUGCUGCCAGCGUAACCAUGUUGACAGUCACGGCAAGGGUAUCGUGUGCGACAAAAUAAUGAUGCUGGAGCUGCUGGAGACCGUCGAGGAGAAAGUCGCAUCUGGACUCCUUGACCAUGGAGACUUGCCAGGUUGGCGACGUCUGCUCACCACCCGCUGGGCUCGCAUGUGCGAAGAGCCGACGCACCAGCCGGCGGAUCAUUUCCUGGCGGCAUUGCGGAUCGACAACAAAUUCGAGAAGCUUGAGGGCAACAUGUACCCACUGCAUUACGCGGUUUACGCGAACAACACGCGGGCCAUCGCCGAGCUGCUCAAGAGCGGUGCGGACCUUUACUGCCGUGAUGGAGACGGGAAUUCGCCACUCAUAUUGGCGGGCACCUCGGAUUCAAGCCUCGCAGUGAAGGAAUUGCUCGAGGCAGGAGCGGAUAUCAACGACCGCAACAAGCUGGGCUGCACCCCGCUGAUGGCAGCCACAGUGUCGCCCGCCAAACAGUCCAUGAAAAUCUUGUUGGCGAGCGGCGCUGACUUCAGCAUUCCAUUCUCGAACACGUGCGUGGUGGCGGCGAUCCGCGGCAUGACGCCGUUGCACUUUGCUGCAUUUUACGGCCAUGAGUUCGCAGUGGACCUGCUUCUGGACGCGAAUGCAGAUGCGGCAGCGAGGGUGCCAGAGGAGUGUGAGUCCGCUGGCUGCACUGCGCUGGAGAUUGCGAGACGGCGCGGGCACGCCCAGGUCAUCGCCGCGCUCUCUGCAGCGGAGAGUCAGGUUUUCUGUGUCUGA